AUGAGCUGCACAGAUGAGCAAAAACUCCUUUUUGCCACCUACCUCCUGAAUGGUGAUGUUGAGUAUUGGUGGGCAGGUAUGCAGCAGCAGAUGCAGACCCGAGAUGAACAGGUGGAGUGGACUAGCUUCAGGACGCGGUUCCUGGAGAAAUAUUUCCCCGACACCGCCAGACAGGACAGGGAGGCAGAGUUCCUCGCACUGCAGCAGAGGGACAUGACUGUGCAAGAGUACGUGAAUCGGUUUGAGUAUCUGGCGAGGUUUUCCUCUCAAAAUAUGAUAGAAGAGUGGAAAUGUUUGAAGUUUGAGCGGGGACUCAAACAUGAGCUUAAGAAGGUGGUGACUCCUUUACGAGAAAGAAGAUUUCCUGUCUUGGUGGAACAUGCCAAGAGUGCCGAGCAUUUGGAGAAAGGCCCUGGCCUAAUAGUGAGCAGACAUAAGAGGAAUGUCGCAGAGGCGCGACAAAUGAAGAAGCUAUAUAGCCGGCCACAGACAUCUGGGGGUCCCACUUGCUAUCAUUGUGGCAGACCUCAUUUGAAGAGAAACUGCCCAUAG